AUGAAGUGCUUUCGAUCAGCGGUGCUGAUUGUGAUGGGAGUAGUCAUGGGGGCACUGAUGGGAGCAGCACAGACAGGAAUAGAGGACCCCAUAAAGGAAUUGUUACCCCCUCCAGCAGAACCAACAUCUACUAAUGCUGAUUUACCUUCUCCUGAUGAUGAUGAGGCCUCCAACGAAACCAAGAAUGUGUGUUCGUUGCCUCCAUUGUUACCCGAGUUCGAGAAUAAAACCUGUUUGGAGCCAUCUGCAAAGUACACCUACGACCCAUUGAUUGGGAAAUGUACUCAGUACACGUACUCGGGAUGUGGGAGGUCUCAGAAUUUAUUCGAUACUGAAAACGAGUGCAAACGUAUUUGCAUGAGAAAACGUGUGGAUGAACCAAGUGCUGAUGACUGUCUUCUGGUCUGUCCAAGUAAGUUUGAUCCAUUGUGUGCAUCCAACAACGUCACAUAUGCCAAUGACUGCGAAAUGCGAGCUGCUGCUUGUCGGGAAAAGAUGAAUCUUACAGUCCAGUAUGCUGCAGUCUGUGGAGAGAAACCCACAAUUUCUCCACAAUCAGACACUCCAAUUGUGUCAUUGGAAAACAACGUGUCUAGAAACAUCAGCCGGGUUUGCACCUUGCCUCCUUUGGUUCCUGGAUUUGAUAGAACUUGUUUUGCUGCCCUGCCCAGAUGGACAUUUGAUGUUACCAUUGGGACAUGUGUUGGUUACACAUAUGGUGGUUGUGGAGGAUCUGAAAACUUGUUCAGAACUGAAGAACAAUGCAAGGCUCUUUGCCCUGACUAUCCUGGAGUUUCUAGUGAUGCAAUUGGAAAUACAAAAUUGCCAAAACAAUGCCCUAAUGUGUGCCCUGCUUUGGAAGACCCAGUUUGUGGUUCAAAUGGCAUGACGUUUCCAAAUGCAUGCAUUCUUGAAGUCACUGCUUGUUCCAAGAACCAGGAUAUAAAGUUGCUCCACUUUGGACCUUGUGCAGAUCAACCAAGUGGUUUUCCCCUGCUGGUGAUUCCAUGCCCUGUUGGUUGCCUGCCAGUCAGAGAGCCAGUGUGUGGCUCAGACAAUCAAACCUACAGCAACUUGUGCGAAAUGCACGUCCAGUCUUGUGGAGCCAAUAGCAAUAAUAUCACAGUUCAACACGAAGGACCCUGUGCUUCAAAUGCAACAGUGAUCGCGCCGAAAGACCGAAAACCAGCCUGCGAUUUGCCAAUUUACACUGGACCUUGUCACAUCAGCGCUUUUCGGAAAUGGGGCUUCCACAAAGAAACCGGAAGAUGCGAGUGGUUUUUCUACGGCGGAUGUUUGGGAAAUGAUAAUAGGUUUGACACACCGUACGACUGCCAGAUGUCUUGCGGCGGCUCAGAACCACUGACGGAUUUUGCGUGCGACCAGCGGAAGUGCACCUGGAAGAUUUGGGCUCAUUACAUCGCCUUGGGUUGCAAACCCGUCUAUGAAAACGGAAAGUGUUGCCCCGCGAGAUUCGACUGCAAUUUUGCGUGCGACCAGCGGAAGUGCACCUGGAAGAUUUGGGCUCAUUACAUCGCCUUGGGUUGCAAACCCGUCUAUGAAAACGGAAAGUGUUGCCCCGCGAGAUUCGACUGCAGUGAAUUCGAAACACGGAAUCAACAAGACAAUCCCGAGUGCAUUUACAAAGGAGAAGCAUAUCAAAUCGGUGAGGCGAUUCCUGGAGUCAAGGAACACGAUCCUUGUUUCCAUAAUUGCGUGUGCAAGUUGCAUCCGGAUUACAGGAACAUCGCCGAUAUUCACUGUGAACAAGCCGAGUGCACUCUUUUCCACGGCGCUUUGGACAUCUUUGAAAAAUCGUGCAGAAAGAUUUAUCAACGUGGGAAAUGCUGUCCUUCGUCCAUUAACUGUGGAAUACCUAUUCUUCCACAUAAGUGA